AUGCCGCCCAAGAUAUACUAUGCUCCCCGAUACUAUUCAUUCCCGAGCCUUGAUCUCCUGUCGAUUCUUUUCGAUCCCAACGAAUAUGCCCUGUCAAAGGACGACCUAAAGGUGCACAUCGACGCCGCCAACACGGCAAAUUACAUCGACAAAGCCCACGCCAGGGUCUUGACCGAGAACUUCGCCCACAGCCUCCGCCACCACUUCGGCAUUGGAGCCCGGGGACACUCCCAGGAUGUGGUGGUGGGCUUUUCCACGCGGCAGAUCUUGCUGCCCAUUGCGUUUUACGGCACCAUCGCCGCCGGGGGCAUCUUUUCGUGUGCGAGCCACGCCUUCACCGCCUCGGAACUGGCCAGGCAGAUCAAACAGGGCGAGGCGAAGCUGGUCAUAUGCAGUCCCGACCUCGCCACCGUCGCCCUCGACGCCGCGAAGCAGUGCGGCCUGGGGCCCGAUCGCGUGCUCAUCCUGGACUCGACCUACCGGGCGUGGAGUUUCAAAUCGGCCGACGGCAAGGUGGACUGCUGGACGGAUAAGCGCCUCACGUGGAAACGCAUCACCGAUCCGCAGGAGCUCGAGGACAGCAUCAUCAACUUGCUCUAUUCGUCGGGCACCACUGGUGUCCCCAAAGCGGUGAUGCUCUCACACAAGAUGAUGGUGUCUCAGAUCGUCAUCUCGUCCCAGGUCGCGCGAGAAUGGGCGUUGCCGCGAAUCCAGACGGGAGAGCUGACGCCAACGCCACUCCGAACAAUAGCCCAUCUCCCGGCCGCCCAUAUUGCCGGGGUGGCCGGGUACUUCGUCUCCCCUCUAUAUGCGGGCGGGGAGUGCUACUGGAUGCAUAAGUACGAGUGGAAGAGAUUCAUCCAGUACAACAAGCAGCACAAGAUCACGGCCUUUUUCACCGUUCCGGCCAUCUGGGCUCGGAUCGCCAAAUCUCCCGACGUCACGGACCAUUUUGACUCUUUGGAAAGCGGCCUGGGCGGUGCGGCCCCGAUGGAUGCGGAUCUGUGUAACGCGGCGGGUCAGCGAACAGGGAUCCAGAUGGGGGGGACCUACGGCAUGAGCGAGUCCACCGGGUCGGUUUGCACACUUCCUCGGGGGAUGUCAGAUAACACUGGCAGCGUGGGAGUGAUGCACCCAAAUACAAUGUUCCGACUUAUCGAUGAUGACGGGAACGACGUGCCUGAAGGACAACCGGGCGAACUGUGGGUGAAAGGCCCCAUGGUGACGAAGGGCUACUACAGAAAUCCCGAAGCCACGAAAGCAGCCUUUGUCGACGGCUGGUACUGCACAGGAGACAUUCUUCAGCAACGGAGCAAUGGGCUGUGGUAUGUGACGGAUAGGAAGAAGGAGUUGAUCAAGUACAAGGGUAUUCAAGUUGCGCCAGCUGAGAUCGAGGGCCUCUUGAUCUCGCAUCCCUUGAUUGAAGAUGCAGCGGUCAUCGGCGUGCCUGGGGAUGGAACCGAAGUCCCACGUGCCUACGUCGUGGCCGAUAAGAACAAGAUUUCGGAGGAAGAGAUCAAGGAGUUUGUCAAGAGCAGGGUGGCACCGUACAAACAACUGAGAGGUGGUGUGGUCUAUCUCGCUCAAAUUCCCCGGAACGCGGUGGGUAAGAUUUUGCGGAGGGACCUGAGAGACAUGGCGAAGACGGAGUUUCGACCUAAACUAUAG